AUGUCCCUCUCAGACGAAUACGAUCCUUUUUACGAUUCGGAUAGACGCGCAGAUUUUUAUAUCUCUGAAGUCCAACAACCCGAACAGACCCAAAGCGCCACAGGCAAAUCCGCUGGUCAUAACACGGGUGGUCCCGUGUUGGAGACCGUCACCAUCAGUAUGAACGCCCUUUCUCUCGACGAUCGGAGAAAAACUGUCGACCACAUUAUGCAAUACUUUCGCCAACGUCUUAACAGCAAAAUUGCGGUAACUCGUAACCGUCAAACCUCCUCGGCGAUAUCGAAUUCUUAUUUGCAGCGUCAUCCGCAUUCAAGUCAGUUUGAGAGCGAGCUGAACUCACUCAACCAAUCGUCUAAGCUUUCUGAGGGUGAUGUGCCUGUCGAGCUGUUGAUUUUCCGUCAAGCCAUCGGUCGCCCCUCUCCGAAUGACCGGGUCAAGCCAUUAGAACACGGCAGCCUACACCACGAAUGGGGUAUGGUCCAAGGAGCGUACGGCAACACUAAGACUUCGAUCGCCACUUGUGCCCAGGCUACGACACAUUCCGACAACCGAGGUAAUAGGAACAACGGAUCCAAGAAGCGCGGUGGCUCGGACGACAGCGACCAUGAUGGCAGGCGAAAGAGACAGAAGCAACAGCCCGGCAAUACCACAAAGCCUGAACAUUGUAACGGGCGCAAGUUUGCCUGUCCCUACUUCAAAAAGAACCCUCACAAGUAUUCGAGAUGGACAUCAUGUCCUGGACCUGGCUGGGAUGAGGUUCACCGGGUAAAGACACAUCUGUACAGACGCCACGCUCUCCCGAUUCAGUGCCCUCGGUGUUGGGAAACCUACAAUACACAAGCGUUGCUUACCACGCAUUUAAAAGCCCCCGAGGUAUGCCAAUCCAGAGAAAAUACCAACCCAGUUGAAGGAAUCAGCAAUGAGCAGGAGAUAUUGCUUCGCAAACGUACAAGGACAGACACCGAAGAGGAGAAGUGGCGGGAGAUAUGGAUGAUUUUGUUCCCUGGUGACGACAGAGACAUCAUUCCGUCCCCAUAUUAUGAUGAAGCCGUUUAUGUUGAGAACUGCUCUGCCUUUGUUCUUCGAGAAGCGCCCGCACUCUUGGAAAGAGAACUCGAGGCUCUCCCUGAUGAAGAGGUUCGGGAUGUGAACCGUUUACGGCGGUCACUUGUACGGAUGGUACCUGGGGUGCUAUCGCGGGUGUUUGACCUGUAUCGCCAGUCACUCAACAGGCAAGAUGCAAGUAGUAGCGGAUCGGGUACAGCGACACAUUCUACCGCAACCCUGACACCAGCAACGGUACCAGAGCCAACGAUGUCACCCCCAGCCAUUCCAGCCCCAAUAAUACCAGAGCCAGCCAUACCGGAGCCGGUCAUAGCUUUUGACCCUAAUGAGUUUGCCAAUAACGCUCUCGAGUUCGUCCUGGGCACAUAUGAGUUGGAAGCCGAUUCGGUUGAUGAUGGCAUCAAUUUGUUAUCGGGUGUCGGAGGACUACCGGAACUGGAUCUAUUCCUGGGUGCCGUGGCGGAGUCUACUAGCUUCACAACCGGGUCUAACUUAGUCAACUUUUUGUGGGAAAUCGAAGAUAUGCCGGGUGUGUCUCUUGGAGGGGGUCAAGAUGAAAGCCUGUGCAAUGAUGAUGCGAGUAAGGAUCAAUAG